CCGAGCUCAGGGUUCAGUUCAUCACUCUCCGUUUAACAGACACAAAUCUGCGAUAGCCUAACUCUAGUCAUAGAACUUACCUUUCAUUAAGUAAGAGAUUUAUUAAGUCCGCGUUUUUAUCGUCUGCGAGAGGGAGAAUUCAUCAAUCUCGUUAGUUUUGUGCUAUAUACGGAACACGGACAUAUUGUUAUAGCCUACUAAUGGCUGAAGCCCGCUAUGAAGAUGGAGAUGCAGAUUUUUCAAAUGCUGUCAUUACGAGAAGAAGAAAUUCAGCAGACCGUUCAGAAAGAAAUAAAACAGAACACUUACAUAUAAGUCAAGGACCCCUUUCUUCAAUCAAAGCAGCCUUUAAGAGAACUUCUGCGAGAGCUCACUCACAACCAGACUGCUCCAGGGAAAGAAGGCGUCCAGAGAUAACCAUCCUAUCGGCUGAGCCAUUAACAGCCACUUCUUGGUAUCCAGGGGCGUCUGGACGAUUUUCAUCCACAGCUUUCACAACACAACCAAUCUGGAGUGAGAGCGUUCUGACCUCUGCUCAGCUCCCACCAUCCUAUGAGCAGGUGAUCAAGGAGAAGACUAAGGAGCAGGUUACCACACCUUUACCAUCUCCACGACGCUCGCACACAACAACUAUUGCCACACAGACUGACUCACAAGAGCAAAAUGUGACACAUCCAGACUCCUGCACGUCCCUGCAGCUGAACCAAAAUCCCAGUGGAGUUUCAGCGAAACAGCCAAAAAAACCACCUCGGCCAUCAUUGCCUUGCAAACCAGAUCAAAAAACCAGAUCCCCUAUAUCCACUCCCAACUCCCAACCCAACGUUGAUCUAGUCUCAACUACACGUCCGGUGCCUCAGCCACGUUCCAAAACAAAACCCCUAAGCCCAUCCAACCAGGUCAAUGUGCAGCCUCUGAUACCACUGCAAAACAGCUGGGAAGGUUGUCCUGUAACACCUGUGGAGACUUCUGAUGCCCAUUCAGGCAAGUAUUUGCAGGAACUCUUAGAUGUCUUCAGCUCUGAGCCUCAAAGUGAUCUGAGCAACAGUGUCAACAUCCAGAACCAAACUAAAGAGAACCAAAGUGAAAACAUGAUCCGUUCAAGAAUACAGGCCUUUGAAAGUCAGUCUAGCACAGAGAAUGAAGAAACUUCUGUACCUUUCCCCCGUCCUCGUAAGGUUUAUGCCAAACCACCUGUGCUGGCACCAAAACCCUCCAUUGCCCCACGGCCCUCUGUAAAAAAGCCCAAAGAGCAGGUUUCACAAUUUGAAAGUCACUUAUAUGAAGAGGUCGACACACCACCUAUGCCAGUCGACACACCACCUAUGCCAGCGCCAAGACCUCAACUUUUCAAAAAAAUGUCUUUAGACUUAAGAGAUGACUUCGACUCUCAGCCUUCCUUCAGGACAGCCCUCAUUCCUCCAUCACGACCUUCAUUGGUCAGAGUUAAGAAUGUAAGUUCCCAGGAUGAGGAAGAAGUAUUGAAAAGACCUCCCACUCCACUCCAGCCCAGCAAAGACCUGCUGAACCUCAACAAUCAUAACUCCACUGCUCUUCUGUCUAACAUCACAUCCACAGCGAGCAUGCUUAGCAAUGACUAUGUGGAUGCUCCCACUAAUCAAUCUCCCACUAAACCUGCCCGUCAAGGGGGAUUCACCUACAUGGGGCUAAACACACAGGGGGUGACCAAGAGACCCACAGUCAUCAGAGUCCCCAGUAAAACUGACAAAAACCCUGAAGAGACGGCAGAUGUUCCACCACCUUUACCUGUGCAGAAACCUGUGGGGGGCCCACCUACACCUGCUAAACCUUCUCGCAAAGACUCCUUCAGUCUCUCAUCUGAUAUGUCUCUUCCACCACGGCCCAGUGGAGGAAAGGUUCUGCCUCCACGACCGCCACCUGCUAAAACAGGCCCAGGAAGACCUCCUCCUCCACGGAGAGAUGGCUCCCAACGUCGGCCCUCAGAUCCAGGAGUUUCACAAAUAGUGCCAUCAAAAGAACAGCAACCUCAAUGGCAGCAACAAAACCGUAGAGCUUCAAAAAAAGGACCUGCCCUUCCACCGAGACCCAACCCUGGACAUCGUCUUUACAACAAAUACACUCUUGAGAUCCCCCACGGUAUUGCUGAGUAUGACUACAAUGGCACUAACACUGGGGAGCUCUCUUUUCAGAAAAAUGAAGUCCUCGUCUUGCUUGAGGAAUUAGACAGCAAAACCUUUGAAUGCCAAGUGGGAAAUGCUAAGGGCACAGUGCAGAAAACACAUAUGAAGAUUAUUACACCCUUAACAAAUAUACCCAGCAAUCCAGUACCUCAGAAAAAACGUUCCUUUAGUGGUAUGGUGGAAAAUACUGGAUCUUUACAAGUGCAAGCCCUGUAUGACUUCACUCCAGAGGGGCCUGGAGAGCUGAUGUUGAAGGCUGGUGAUGUGGUGUCUAAUGUGGAACAGCUGGAUAGUGAGUGGUACAUGGGAACAUGCAGAAACAUCACUGGAUUCUUCCCCAUUAACUACGUCAAGACACUGGUAAAUAUCGUGUAUGGCAUUUUUGACAAAUACAGUAGACAAUGUCCCACGACUUAA